GGCGGAGUGCUGGGGUUUGGCCCACACCCGGGGCCGGGUCUGGGCCAGUAGGCAGACGGGACCCAGCAGCGGAAAGUGCCAGUGAGCUGUGGCGUCAUCCCUAGCCGCGGAUCCGUAGCAGUGCCAGAGUUACUGGUACUGUGCUCCCUCACCUGCCUCGCUCCGCGUUCUCCUCAGGCCCGGCCAUGGAGCACCAGGUCCUACGGCUUCGCCAGGCUUUCCGGUCCGGCCGAACGCGGCCGCUGCGCUUCCGAUUGCAGCAGCUCGAGGCCCUCCGGAGGAUGUUGCAAGAGCGCGAGAAGGACAUCUUAGCAGCCAUCGCGGCAGACCUGAGCAAAAGUGAGCUCAAUGCAUACAGUCAUGAAGUCAUCACCAUCCUUGGAGAGAUUGAUUACAUGUUGGGGAAUCUUCCUGAAUUGGUUUCUGCUCGACCGGCUAAGAAGAACCUGCUUACCAUGAUGGACGAGGCCUAUGUUCAGCCAGAGCCUCUGGGAGUUGUACUGAUUAUUGGAGCUUGGAACUACCCUUUCGUUCUUACCAUGCAACCACUGGUGGGAGCCAUUGCUGCAGGAAAUGCUGCCAUUGUUAAGCCCUCGGAACUCAGUGAGAACACGGCCAAGAUCUUGGCUGACCUCCUCCCUCAGUAUUUAGACCAGGACCUGUACGCGAUUGUUAAUGGCGGCGUCCCUGAAACCACGGAGCUUCUGAAGCAGCGGUUUGAUCACAUUCUCUAUACAGGGAACACUGCAGUUGGAAAAAUUGUCAUGGAAGCUGCUGCCAAGCAUCUGACCCCUGUGACCCUGGAACUCGGGGGGAAAAGCCCGUGUUACAUUGACAGGGACUGUGACCUGGACGUGGCUUGCAGACGCAUAGCCUGGGGAAAGUACAUGAACUGUGGGCAGACCUGCAUUGCUCCUGACUAUAUCCUGUGCGAAGCCUCCCUCCAGAAUCAAAUCGUACAGAAGAUUAAGGAAACGGUGAAGGACUUUUAUGGGGAAAACAUAAAGGCUUCUCCAGAUUAUGAAAGGAUCAUCAAUCUUCGUCACUUUAAGAGGUUACAAAGUUUGCUUAAAGGACAGAAAAUAGCUUUCGGUGGAGAGACGGAUGAGGCCACACGCUACAUAGCCCCAACCAUACUUACUGAUGUUGAUCCGAGCUCCAAGGUGAUGCAAGAAGAAAUUUUUGGACCAAUUCUUCCAAUAGUGUCUGUGAAAAAUGUAGAUGAAGCCAUAAAUUUCAUAAAUGACCGUGAAAAGCCCCUGGCUCUCUACGUAUUUUCUCGUAACAAUAAGCUCAUCAAACGGGUGAUUGCCGAGACAUCCAGUGGUGGAGUCACCGGCAAUGAUGUCAUCAUGCACUUCACUGUUAAUUCUCUGCCCUUCGGAGGUGUGGGUGCCAGUGGAAUGGGGGCGUAUCAUGGAAAAUACACUUUUGAUACCUUUUCUCAUCAGCGCCCCUGCUUGUUAAAAGGGCUAAAGGGGGAGAGUGUCAACAAGAUCAGGUACCCGCCCAACAGCGAGUCCAAGGUCAGCUGGACCAAGUUCUUCCUGCUGAAGCAGUUCAACAAAGGAAGGCUGGGGAUGCUGUUGCUUGUGUGCCUGGUCGCUGUCGCUGCUGUGAUUGUCAAGAAAUAUCAAGCUCUGCCGAGGGGAAAAGCCCUGUUGGCUUCUCUGAUAGUUCAUAGCCGGCGCUGGUCCAGUAAGCACUGACGGUCAGGCCCCAGCUGUCUGUUGAGAGUGAGGAUCAGCUGUAAUGACUUCCUCGUUGCCUCUACUGAAGUAUCCCUCUACUAAAUGGUUAACAAACCAAUACUUUUAAAAUUGUACCCAAACCAGGAAAUUCACAGAUGUACUGCAAUCAAACCUAAGCUGUUGCCACAAACCACUAAUGAAACUCAAUGUUUGAGCCAGAUCUCUGCAUUUGUCCACAGUGCAGGUGCUGAGAGGAUGUAGCCUGGGCUGGGGCGAGAACAUGUCACGCUAGAUCCCAGUCCAUGCGGAUAUGUCAGGGAGACUCCAUAACUGCUCCCUGGCCAUUUUUCUCCAGCCCAGGCUUUCCAGUCGUCCUCUGUUGUCUUGAGAGCUGAGGCUAGGUCCUCCCAGCUACUGUUAGGCAUUGAGGUACUAAAACUGCAGGUGGGUAUGUCCACCUCAUCCAUUGUGGCUUGAGACCGGCCUUCAGGAGUCCGCUCUCCAUUUAAACAUUUUCUUAUUCAUAGUGCACCACCCAAAGUCUGUGUGUUUGUGACAGUCUGUCGGGACUGUCCCAGUGCCUUUGUGAUGACCUAAUCUGCACUGAGCCUCUUGCCAAGAAGCAGUGUUUUCUUUGUGAAGGCCACCCAGGGCAUCGUGCAGUCACAGCUGUUCCUGAGUCUGAGGCCAGAAGAUUCCCAAGCCCAGGACUUUGAGGCCAGCCUAGGCAACAUGAUGGGGACCCUCCCCAUUCUUCAUAAAAAUCCCCUCAAGGCCCUCAAGUUGAAUGUUAUGUAGAUCUUCAAGGAUAAGCCUUCUGCUUAUUUUCAUAGCACAAUGCAAGGAAAUUUUACUUUUUAAAUCUUAGAUUCCUACAGAUCUAUAAAGCAUGGAGCCUUUCCUGUAGUGAAAGGGGGGGUUAUUAGACCCGAAGACUUCAGAACUAACAGGACAGGGAUUGCUGGAGAAGACUGUGAACUGACGGGGCACACUGAAGGGAUGGGAUGGUCAGAAGCGCUCUGGAGCAAGCGGGGCAUCAUUCUCCCUCAGAUCCUAGUGUGGCCAAGCAGGGGUAUGGCGGAGAGAUCUGUGUGGCUCUGGCUUCCUGCUGCUGGGGCCUGGCUGGACCCAAAGCUCCAAGCCUCCCUGCCUUCCUGGGGUCCAAAUUAAGACGUGGCCCACUCACUGAGAAUGUAACUUGCUUAUUGAAUGUACAACCGUGUUUGCCCAGUAACCUGUCCCACCAUUGAGGCUAUCUGAAGUGUAUUGUAUGAAGGAAGUAUCAAGGACAAAUCAUUGGCCCGUUUAGCAAAUAGUUGCUUAAAGCAGUUAUCAUAGACUAAUCAUAAAAUAUUUUGCACAAAAUUUCAAUGUUGAAUUUGCACUUACUAUUGUUAUAUUAAAUUAUAAAUCACAGCUUCUAGUUAGGCCAAAAUACUUACUCUACUGAUCUUCAGAAUAAAUGU